UAACAUUUUCGCUUUGUAGUCGACAUUCGUGUAGUGUAGAGAAUUUUUAAUAGUCAUAAAAUCAUCAAGCAGCUUCGUUUUCAUCACGUUCCCAACUAUGACUUCACUUGCUGAGCAACAGUGGCAGGCGAUAAAGCAACGGCGAAGAAUAAUGACUCAUCAACUGUGCAGCGCCUUCAACUGUUCGUCACAAUGGCUGGAGGUGUACGCUGAGUUUUAACAUUAAUUCUGAUGCCAUUGGUAUUUAUGAACACUAAGCAACAAAGCUAAGAAAUCAUGUGGCAAACACGCCUGGAAGCAUUCUAAGUAUCUAACGUAGGAUAAAGACAUGAUUGUGCUCACUAUUGCUAUUUGUAUAUGUUAUGUGUCAUGAACUUAAAAUCAUACAUAUUUGUGCCAUGCAUAGCUUUUAAUCUAUUUUCAGAUCAACAUCAACCCAAUCUAAACCAAACCAAAUCAACUACUACAACGACAUUUAACACAACUCUUUAAUUAAUAUAUUUUUAAACCCAUAUAUUACUUAUUAAAUCAUACAUUGUAUAUUUCAUGCAAUUAAUAACUAAGAAUUUCUUGCUAUGUUGCAAAAAUAGGUGCGUUACAGAUUUUUAAUUAGUUUUUUACUCCCUCCUUCUAUUAGCGCCCAAAUACCAAACGGCUUACGCCUGCGAAGGUAAGAAACUAACAAUAGAAUGCGACCCAGGCGACUUGAUUAAUCUGAUACGCGCAAACUAUGGACGUUUCUCGAUAACGAUAUGUAAUGACCAUGGCAAUGUGGAAUGGAGCGUUAAUUGCAUGUUCCCUAAGAGUUUGACCGUAUUGAAUUCGAAAUGCGCACACAAGCAAAGCUGUAGUGUGUUGGCAACGACGAGCAUGUUUGGCGAUCCCUGCCCAGGUACACACAAAUAUCUAGAGGCGCAUUACCAAUGCAUAUCAGCCGCACAAACAUCGACGACCACAAAUCGUCCCAGUCCACCAUGGGUUUUGGCGAACAACCCACCUUUGCUUGCUAAUAGCAGUACUCUGAUCAAUCCGAGCGCUCCAUUACAACCGCUGGGACCAGGACGUUUACCAUUACCCGCUGGUGUUGGCGCUCCCGCAUCAGGUGGCAUAUGGCACACAAUACCACCCACGCCGGGACCACCACAACCCACACUUCCGGGUGGCCGUCUAAAAGGCAGCUAUAAUACAACGGUAAUAAAGAAUUCCAACAGACAUGAUGGCUUACCACCACCACCGCCGUUGCAUCAUCACCAUCACACCGGACACCAUUCAGCGUCGCCAGUGGAUGGCGGCAACGUGGGUGAUGCUGCGGCGUCCAAUACGCGACCAGUAGGGAGGAAUGAUGCGGCAACGCGAACGCCGAGUACAAAUCAAACCAAAUCAAAUACGGGACCCUCCAACACAACCGCCUCGCCCAACACACGUAUACUUAGUGGUGUUGGUGGGAGCGGCACAGAUGACGGUACCUUGCUCACUGCUAAAGCUGCACAAAAUCGUGGCAGCCAACAGCAGAGUACAGCAACGCAACAGCAUGCCACUGGCAAUAAUAACAACAAUGUAAUCAGUAACACCGCUGAUGCCAGCGCCGGAAGCAGUGUCAUACGCACCAUCAACAAUAUAAAUAACCUCAAUAUGGGCUUGGGUGCGGUCGUUGAGGAUGAAGCGAAUAUGUUUUGCGGUCCAACGAAUGCGCGCAACCUGUUCUGGAAUAUAACGCGUGUGGGCGAUGUAAAUGUGCAGCCAUGUCCAGGAGGUGCUACUGGUAUUGCUAAGUGGCGAUGUGUGCUUAUGAAACGCGUCUCCUACAAGGGAGAUGACGGUGUGGCCGUAGAACCAACUACAAUGCGCACAACACCACGUGUCAACUGCAGUAGCCACGCAAACAGCAGUUGUGAAACGGCCGCUGAUAGGCUGAAUCAACGCAUAGGCAACUUUGAGCCCACUUGGCAUCCCAUGACACCGGAUCUCACGCAAUGCCGUAGUCUAUGGUUGAACAAUUUGGAAGUACGCGUAAAUCAGCGUGAAUCGUCGGUUAUAUCCAUAGCGAACGAUCUGUCCGAGGUAACCAGCAGCAAAACUUUGUAUGGGGGCGAUAUGCUUGUUACUACUAAAAUCAUACAAACCAUGUCAGAAAAAAUGUUUCACGACAAAGAAACAUUACCAGAUCAACGCCAACGCGAGGCUAUCAUAUUAGAAUUGCUGCAUGGAGUAGUAAAAACUGGUUCAAAUUUACUAGACGAAUCGCAAUUGUCAUCUUGGAUGGAUCUCAAUCAAGAAGAUCAGAUGCGUGUCGCGACAUCGCUGCUUACAGGACUAGAAUACAAUGCAUUCCUUUUGGCCGAUACAAUUAUACGUGAGCGGAAUAUUGUGCAACAAGUCAAGAAUAUACUGUUAUCUGUACGCGUUUUGGAAACAAAGAAUAUCCAGAACAACGAAGUUUUCCCAGACGUCGAACAGUGGAAAAUCAGUGCCGACCGGAUCGAGUUGCCGCGCACUGCGCUCCUUGAAAAUAGUGAAGGUGGCCUUGUACGCAUUGUUUUUGCCGCUUUCGAUCGUCUAGAGUCAAUUUUGAAACCAUCUUACGACCAUUUUGACUCGAAGAGCUCUCGUAGUUAUGUGCGCAACACUGCUCUACUGAGGGAGCGAAACGAUUCAGCAGCAGCCAUGGAUAUACAGCAACGAAUACGUAUACUUAAUAGCAAGGUGAUAUCGGCCAGUUUGGGUAAAGGCCGUCACAUCCAAUUAUCACAACCCAUUAAAUUGGUGUUGCGACACAUCAAAACGGAGAAUGUGACAAAUCCAACUUGCGUAUUUUGGAACUACAUUGAUCACGCCUGGUCGGCUAACGGCUGUACUUUAGAGUCGACCAAUCGUACUCACAGUAUUUGUAUGUGUAAUCACCUCACAAACUUUGCCAUACUUAUGGACGUUAUGGACGAACACAAUCAUUCGCUGUUUGGUGUCUUCAAUGGCAACAUGCGUAUACUCAUAUACAUUAGUAUAUCGAUUUGCCUGGUGUUUAUUGUCAUUGCAUUGCUGACGCUGAAGAUAUUCAAUGGCGUUUUUAUAAAGUCUGCGCGCACCUCCAUCUAUCGCAGCAUUUAUAUAUGUCUUCUUUUCAUUGAAAUUAUUUUCCUAAUUGGUAUUGAGCAGAAUGAGACGAGUAUCCCGUGUGGUUUUACCACUAUAUUUCUACAUUGUUCGAUACUAUCGGCGAUUGCGUGGUUCUGUUUCGAAGCAUUCCAAUCAUACUCAACACUAACCACCGAUGACAUGUUACUCGAAGUUGACCAGACCUCUAAAGUGAAUUGUUACUAUUUACUCUCCUAUGGCCUAUCCUUAUCGAUUGUGGCCAUUUCGGCGGCUAUUAAUCCGAAUACUUAUACACAAAAUGACUUUUGUGUGCUUAUGGAGGCAAAUACGCUAUUCUAUUCGAGCUUUGUGGCGCCUGUAUUGCUUUUUUUCCUGGGUGCCUUGGGCUACACCUUCUUGUCGUGGGUGAUUAUGUGUCGCAAAAGUCAUACAACACUGAAAAAUAAAGAGCAUACGCGACUCGCAAAUGUGCGCUUCGACAUUCGCUGCUCAUUCAUAUUUCUGCUAUUAUUGAGCGCCGUAUGGAUAUCCGCCUAUUAUUAUCUGCGUCUAGCCAAAAUGGAAGAUGAGUUGGCCGUUGUAUGCGGCUAUCUUUUCAUUAGCUUUAAUACUCUAAUGGGAUUGUAUAUUUUCGUAUUUCAUUGCAUACAAAACGAGAAAAUCCGUCGGGAAUAUCGCAAAUAUGUGCGCCAAAACUCUUGGCUGCCAAAGUGUUUGCGCUGCUCGAAAGCCUCCAUUUCCUCCGGUAUAGUUGGGAAUAAUGGAAUUGGCAGUGGUGGUGGUGGUGUUGGCACUGGCAAUGGUGGUAGCGGCGCUGGUGGCACACUCUCCGGAUCGCAUCGUGGCGCGUCCAAUGCAGUACAAUUGAAAAAGACCAAACUGCCAAUAGGUGGUGAUGGUUUGGUGUCAGACGAGACGGGCAAUAUCAUAUCGGCCGCUGAAGAUGCCAUUAUUGCCUCAUCAGACUGUGAAUUGAAUGAUUCGCGUAAUUUAGCCUCAGUUGGUGACGGUGAUGUGGAUGCAGUGAAAGGCGGUGGCGCCAAUAUGUCGUUGCAACAUGGCAAGGGAGGUCACUCCAUCAUUGACACCAUGCAGGGUCAUAUUGUGCUGGAGCGUGGUGGUGCUGCGAGCACGCUGCAUUCAGUGGGUGGCAGUGGUGGAUUGCGUACACCCAGCGCGGGCCAUACGUCACCCACUUCAUCAGCUGGCUCGACGCAUCUUAUCUUUGGCGGCCAAAAGCAGCAGAUAAUCGGUGCAGGUGGGGCUCCACAGGAGGCAUAUUACCACCAGCCUGACUACUACGGCUGGAAGCAGCAAAUAGGAAAGCCAAGUGGUGGCAAUAAUGUUUUAAGUCUGGCGCAUCCACGUGACUACGUGGCUAAUGCUGCCUCGCCACAGCAGGCACAUGAGUUCUUUUACUGGACGCAAAAGCAUCAGCCGCAUGGCAAGAAGAAACGCGGCAGUGGCAUGGGUGGCGAGUCCCCAAGUGGUUCGUUACAUAGUCGCACCACAGCGGCGUCACAGCAGAUUCUCUUCUAUCCGUCGUACAAGAAGACUACGUUAAAGCAGCAGCAACAAUAUCCGCAUUACGAUGAAGCGGUUGGUGCGGCUGCGUAUUACCAACAACAACAACAACAGCAGCAGCAGUUACAACAUCGUCGCCAUGCGUCUGCAGCCAUGAUGCUGGCAGCACAUCAUCAGCAGCAACAACAGCUAUCCUCAGAUGAGGAGCAAUUGGAACCCGCAGCGGCAGCGCAUGCGCAUUUGCUGCACUUAGGUCGACGCGCCGGUUCACAGCUGCCACCACCGCCUGCGCCCGCACCACAUGCGUACCAUUAUCCCCAUCAUCACUCGCCAGAGUUUAUGGGCUCUGCGAACACGCCCACACAGCGUUACUAUAGAAAUAAGCAUUCCAACUGUGAUUUGAGCCAUGAGGAGUACGAUCCGAGCGGACGCGCGGGCAGCGAACAGUACUACAAUCAAAACUCAAUGGGUGGCGGUGAUGGGCCAGUAUAUGAGGAAAUCCUCAGUAAUCGCAAUUCUGAUGUUCAACACUACGAUAUGGAUUUGAAUGUUUAUGGCGUUGAGGACGACGACGACGACGAUGAAGUGAAUGGUUGCGUUAAUGAUGAGAGUAGUAGUGCCAUGCGGCGGCAGCACCGCCAACAGCAACUGCGGCAACGACAUCACUACGAGGCGGCGCGGAAUGGUGUUAUUGGCGGCGGCGGCGGCGUCGGUGGCGGUGGCAACGGCAGUGGUAGUCGAUAUGGCCAUGCCGAGAGUGGUGCGUCCAGCGACGAGGACGACGACGAUGAUGAGGAGGACGAAGGCGCGCAACGUCAUGGGCUGCCGCAGGGCGACGAACGCAUGCGGCGACUGAUAGCGUUGCAGGAUGAGGAGUUUCAGCGGCGGUUUCAAAGGCAGCGUAAGAAAGCCGACGGCGCUUUGAAUGAGAAAACAGUAGCGGCAGCAGCUUACUUUGAUCACCACAAUACGGCAGCAGCGUCAGGUGGUGCAGGUGUAGGCGCGGCGGUUUUUGGCAUUAGCGGCGGUGGCAGUGGCGGCGCGGGAUCGAUACGCGCCUUAAAGAAGAUCUCACCGAAUAGUCGAAUAGGUGUACACGAGCUAUUCACGACGACUCAUGGCAGCAGUGGAGGUGGUGGUGGUGGUGGUAGCGGUGGCGGUGGCGGUAUAGGGCCGCCCUUACCACCGUCCAAUCAGCAACAACAACAGUAUCCCCUGCCAAAGAGGCAACAAUUGUCGCCAACAACAACAACAACAACAUCAAUAACACCGUCAUCGUCGCACACACAGCCGAUCAUUGGCCGGAAUAUUUCUGCAAUGCUGGAUGAGAACAAUACAGUGCGCUGUUAUCUGGAGCCGUUGCCCAAAUGAAAGGGGCACACACGAUCAGCUUCACGGAGGUGAGGUAGGGUAAUUAAUUUAAUUAGCGAAAAGCAGACCGAUUUAAAGACAAGCAUAUAAGACACUACUGUGGUUUUUAGCUGAAAUCAGAGCUCUGUUUAAAGGAAUUACUAAAUUUGUAUGUGUGUGUGUAUGUUCUACGUCUAAAGCGCAUGAUAGAGGAGCUGAAUUGAGUAUCAAAAUGUUUCAAAACAAAAAAGCAAAAAAAAAAAUAUAUAUAUAUAUGUAUGUGGAAAAAUGCGGAACUAUAAAACUCCUGCUGCACACCAUGCAAUGACCAGCUAAGCUGAGCCAAAAAAAAAACAAAAGCGUAAAGAAACAAAACCUAAACUCCUCGUCGCCAGACAUACGGUUUUGUGAAAAUUUUGAAUUUUUGUUAUUCUUAAAGCUUUAAGCAACUGUUUAGUAGCGCGUUUUUCAUAGUUGUUUUUUUUUUUAUUCUUAUUUAAGCUAACUGUGGAAAUAAGUUGCAUAUGAAUUUACACUACGUAGCUUAAUUAUACAUAUAAACAUACAUGCUAGUGGAGGUUUUUUAUUGGCAAUUUCGUAUACGGAUUUUAUUUUUUGGUUACAUUUAGCAUUUUUUUUAUUUAUAACAAAUUUUCGUUUGUGUCAUUAUUUUUAAUUUGAGAAGAUGUGAAAAGUCGAUUAGUUACAAUCUACAACCAGUUACACACGGCUUUUACUUAUAAAUAUAAAAAUAUUUAUUUUGGUUUUGCAGUUCUGAAAUAAUUCCUUAUUUUUUUUUUGUUUGUUUUAUAUUAAUUUUUUUCUUUUAAUUUUAUUUUAAUAUUUUUAUAUAAAAAACACUUCUUUACGAAAUAUAUCGCCUAAUUAAUGUUUUUCAGUCUAAUUUGCGGAAGUUCGUUUAAUUUUUUCCGAAUAUUUUGGUCGAACAAAUUUGAUUUUUUUUGCGCAGUUUGGAAUAUAUAUAUUUGGUCUAAAGUGCAUUGAGUAAAAAAAUAGAUAUUUUAUGAUUUAAAUAAAAAGUAUUUUGUUUUGUGAAAAUUUUAGUCGAAAAGAAUUGAGAUUUUUUUAGUAUAAAGCAUAUUUCCUUUUGAAGAAAUAAUAUUUUUAGUCUGGAAAAAUUUAGUAAUGCUUUUCUUGUUCAACUCUAUUGUUCAAUUGUGAUUUAAUUUAAUCAAAAUAUUAUAUUUAUAUAAUAUUUAUUAUUAUACAUUAUAUAAUAUUUUCGUUAAAAAUUUUGACCGAAAAUGUUUUUCGAUUUAUAUUAAAAGCAAUUCAAGAAAAUCGAUAGGUCUUAAAAAAAUGUCGGUUAGUUUGCUAAAAGAGCUAAUUGGAACUCUUUUUCUUUUAACGAUCAACUUCUACGUAAUAUUCCGUGGACAGUUUCAAUUGCAGGUUUUCAAAUACUUCUGAACAUAUUAAGUUUAAAAAAAAUGUAAAUAACUUUUUGAACUUCCGUAUUUUUCAUUUGAAUUACCAUUCGUUAGAUUUGAAGGAUUCACAUUUUAGUUGCAAGAAAUUUGGUUGUUGUUGUUGUUGUUGUUGUAGCAGCAUAAACAUGCCACAUAUGUACAUACGGGGAAUGCUGCUGAGAUGACAGUCCUGAGCCGAAUAUAAAUCCGGGUCGUUCCGGUUACGUAGAACCGACUGUGUUGGAAAUGAGAAAUUCGGUCUAAUAUAAAGGCUUAUUUUUAAUAAUUAUUUCAAAUAGAAUUUAUUGGGCUGAACGUUUUUUUUUUCAUUGAAUUACUUUGAGAUUGAAUCUAAAAUGUUUUCUAUGAUUUUCCAGUUCAAAACGGUUUUGCCUGUUUUAUAAUUCACAUUAAGUUAUUCCAGUCGCGUUCCAUUUGACAUAAUUUUUUUUUUUUUAAUUUUUCUAAAUUUCAAACAUUUUUGAAUCCCUUGAAAUCGCAUUUUUCAUCUUUUGAUACUCUUUGGCGUUCGUACAUUUUGGUUUAGAAGGUUUUGCAAUUUUCAGUUUGAUUCAUAUUUUAUUUAUUGGUUAUAAAAAGUUUGCUUUUCUAUUUCGAAACCUUUUCACUAUUGAAAUCUGUAUAAAAUAUCUGUCUAGACUUAUUUUUUUUUUUUUAAUUUUCCUAACUCGAAAUCGGUCUGUGUGAUCUAUAAAUCGUUUUAAAUUGUAUGUAAUUUUUACAAUAUUUGACAAUUUAAUUAGUUAACAAUUUCGAAUGUUGAGGCACAUCAUCACUACAUCCAUCGCAUCUAAAAAACGUUUUCUUUUUUAUUUAAAUUAUUUGAUCUAAUAGCAGUUUGUUCUCCCCAUUUUUAAAUACCCAAACUUAUAUUCACUUCAAAUUGAUGAAAAUUGAAUUUGGUGUAAAAAUGUAAAAUAAUUUAGUAUUGAGUUUUAUUUUCUUUUGAUUCAAAACUUUUGUUCACUCAAAAUUAGCAAGGUUGUUUUCAGUUUUAUCUUUCUCUAUUAAUGCUGUUUACAAUUUUUUUGAUUUCGAUUAACAUAGAAUGAAAUAUUUCGAUUUUGCAGUAUUUAUUUUAUUUUAUAAAUGAUUUAUUUACUGAGUCUUGUGGUUUUUUAAUUAAAUUCCCAGGUUUUUUUUAUUAAAAGUCAAUACUUAUUUUUACUGAAUCACUUACUAAAUUUUUCGUUUUGCAUUUUUUAUGCUUUUGUUAAAAAUAUUGUUAACUGUAAGUCCAUAGAAAUUAGUUAUUAAGAGCAUAAAAAAGAGAAACGCCUCAACUGUAACUGUAAAUUUGCGUAUAAAUAUGAAAGAGACAAUGCAGUCUGUUCGAAAUAAAGAAAAAGCACGACAAUUAAAAGAUUUGAUCGAAAACCAAAAAAAAAACUUUCAACUAAAAAAUACAGAAUAUCUCUCAACACUCUUCAUUACAACCAACAUUUUCCAACCUGCAACGCUUUGAAAAUCCGUUAAAAUUUACUUAAAUGCUAUACCGCUCUUUUCCUGCUCAUCUUCAAAAUAAAAUAAAACUAAACACACUAUCGAAUACCUCCACUCGUAUCCUGUCGAACUAAAGUUGUACAUUAGGGUGUAGCUAUACUGACCUAUAAUAGUGAAAGAAAAUAAAUGUUCUAAUAUUGCAUGUAUAGUUGUGCUGCCAAAUCCGUUUCGGAGAGUGGUUAAUUGGACUUCAGUCAUGACUGUCAAAGAAUUAAUUAUUUUGAAAAUUUUCUUAAUGACAGUUGGAAUUAAAGUUCACUUUUGUUCAACUUGACUGAAGACCAAUUGACGUUUUCUGCUUGAAAUUUGUGACCCAACAACAUUAAUUACAUAGCGCACCAUUUACUCGUGCAUACAUAAAUCUUUCAAAUUAGGCAAACAAAAAAUUGUAGUGUUUUAAAAAGUAUAAAAAUACAAUAGAAAAACAGAAAAGAACGGCAUAGAGAAACUGUAACAUUUUGAAGAGUGUUAAGUAAUAGUUAAUGAAAAUAAAUUUAAAAAAACGAUUAAUAUUGAAACUGAUCUGUAUCUGCUGCAUGUGGCCCCUCGGGUAUUUUUCUCUGUGUUACAAUUACAAUCCGCCGCGCACCAAACAAAAAAUUUCAAAAAAGGAAACAAAAUACGGAAAAACGUAAACGUAAACAUUUAAACAAUAAUGCAAAAAAAAAAAAACAAGAAAAA